AUGUCGAUACCAAAUGUGAUAUCAUCAGAAACGAUGAAUCCAACAUCUUUGUUAAGUCCAACUUCUGGCAAUGUCCUGAUGCUGUUAAACGUCUUGUAUACCCCAAGCCUUCUCCUUCAUACUCCCAAUCUUCCACUAUUAAAUGGUCAGUUUGUAUAG